AUGGACAAACAAUCAAAGACCAAUGACCAGCAAGCACCACGGCCUGGCACAGAUGGACGAACGUCUUAUAAACUAAUACGGUUUACAUAUGAACGUGAAAAAUGGAAUAAGAAACCAUCAAUCCUAGAAACCGACAGAAGAGGUUCUACCUCUGUUUUUCCAUGGAACAACCUUUAG